CCCCCGCGCAGGCGAUGCUCACCUCUCUCGCGUUCCCCGCCUCUGGCUCACUUCCCAAUGAUCGGCACCGUGGCCUCCCUUCCGUCGCUCCACGGAGCUUGUUUUCCCGUUCUCUGAUACCAAUUCGGAAGGGCUGCCGUUCUGUGAAGGCAGCGUCGCCGGAAAGAAGCCUCGAGGCGUCUUGGAUCCCUGCGGAGGGGAAUGCUGGCGAUGUAUAUGGCGGAUGGGCUGUUUGCAAGGCCCAAAUGGAUGAUCGCAAGGAUCAUCUGAAGUUUGUGCUUGCUGGUGUUGGGACUUCGGUGGCGAUUCUCUUGGCUGUGCUCACAUAUCGAUCAGCAUCGAGAAAAGGUUAUCAGUUUUAUAUUGGUGUCCCAUUGCAUGCUGUGCUUCCGAGGUUUAGGUCAGAUGAAUCUACAAAUGCUGAGUGUACUGCACCCGGUGUUGAUCAGGUUUCAGAGACGAAGCUUGAUGGUGAACCUGUGGCGUCUGAUACAUCUGGACUGGAUGAGAAUUCUGCAUCAGUGAUGCAAGAAAGGAAAAUCAAAAUUAUUCAUGUUGCUGCUGAUUCAACCCAGCGAGAAGCCUUAUUUGUACUAAAGAAGCUAAAGAUCAUUGACGAUGAUGUGAAUCCUGAUGAAUUAUGUACCAGAAGGGAAUAUGCCAGAUGGUUGGUUAGAGCAAACACUCUUCUUGAAAGGCGUCCAAGGCACAAGAUAGUUGCUUUGAGGCCUAUGACAUUUACUGGUUUGGUGGGAACUGCUUUUGAUGAUGUGAGCGUUAAUGACCCAGACUUUUGGUGCAUUCAAGCCCUUGGAGAGGCUGGCAUUGUUCAUAGCAAGCUUGCGCCUAUGGAUUUCGCUCAAUCGGACAUUCAUAGCAGUUAUGAUUUGCAAGGAAGAUUUAAUUUUUCUCCAGAAAGCUUUAUAUCUCGGCUUGAUCUAGUGAAUUGGAAAGUUCUUUUGGAGUACCCAUUUCAGUAUAAUACGGAAGCAAAGAUGUUAAGGACAAAAGCGGGGUUUUUGGAUUUGAGUGUGAUUAGCCUAGAUACAUCACCACAGCUAUUGACAGAUCUCAUGGCGGGUGACAACAGCAUAACUAGAAGAACUUUUGGAAACACCAGACGCCUUCAGCCGCACAAACCUGCAACAAAAGCGCAGGCUGCAGUUGCAUUGGCUAGUGGCAGGAUGGCGGAGGUAAUUCAUACUGAACUAUCCAGGCUUGAAGCAGAGAAAGUAUCAAGGUUAGCUGAGAUGGAAGAGAUCAGGUCUGAGUUCAUUGAAAGGGGAGAAAUACCCAGGUUUUGGGAGGAGAAACUGAACAAAGAAAAGGAGCGUGUUCUUGAGGCUGAGAAGAAUUUCCAUGCGGCCUUGCAUGAUUUGGAGAUUGAGAAAAAGGCUUUAGAUGAGGAUCUUGCUGAAUAUAUGAAGGAAAAAGCAGCCCUUGAUUCCCAAUGUCAAUCACUAGUCAGACUGAGGGAAGAAGUUGAUGGAAUACGUGACAAGCUUUCCACCGAGAGAACUAGCUAUAUAGUAGAGAAAGAGAGUUUAGAGAAACAGCUCACAGAUUUGCUUGAAAACCUGGAGGCUAUCUCUGAAAGAAAAUCAAAAUUGGAAGCUGAGAAGGAAGCUACUCAAAUUCUAAGGUCUUGGGUGGAGGAAGAGGCACAAAGAAUUCAAGCACGCGCUAAGUUUUUAGCAGAAGCUGCGCGGAGAUGGAACUGGAAUAAUAGCAUUGAGUCUCAGGAUGCAAUCUACAAUAAGAGAAAUAAUCCAGAAUCAUCAUCAUAGGUGAUCUUCCAACAUUUAUUUUUGUUUCUGAUGAUUUUGACAAUAAAAUGAAACCAUAAAUAACUGUCAUCAGUCUUAAGCUUUAUUUCAUUAGAAGAGGCAUGUUUUAUCCUCUAAUAACUGUAGAACAAACUAUAAGCAUGGAAUACAAGUUAGUUGUCUUGAGAACCAGGGACUUCAA